AUGUUUCCAUCAACAGCAACCUCAGUACACCCACAGCUCAAUCAAUCCAUAAUUAACCUAUGUCACAAUUCAAUCCUCAACACAAUAAAACUAGAAAAUGAAGCCGUAGCUCACUUGCAACACCAAUACACCACCGAUUCGUUCUCAAUUGAAAACUUGAUAAAUUCAAUAACCGCCCUAUACCAAACGCAUUCACAUGGUGGGAAAAUCAUUAUUACUGGAAUUGGCAAAUCACAUAAAUUGGCUCUGAAACUUGUUGCAACCUUUAACUCACUAAGUAUACAAGCAAGUUGUUUACAUCCUCUGGAAGCAUUACAUGGUGAUUUAGGAAUUAUUGAUGAUGCAAAUGAUUGUUUGAUUAUGUUGACUGCAUCGGGAAACACACCUGAAUUGAUAAAUUUACUACCUUAUUUAUCAAUGAACCUACCAAUUAUCUUGCUCACAUGCAACAAGUUUUCCAAUUUGUCAACUAGUAAUCGGGUGCAUAGUUUGUUACUUGCUGAAUUACCCAAUUCUCAUAACGAAGAAGCUAUACAUGGCAUACCAGCACCGACAGUAUCAACUACCUUGUCUUUAAUUUUGGCCGAUUCGGUAAUUUUGGCAUUAUCGGAGAUUAUCGAACUGGAUUUAAUUAAGAGAAAGAAAUUAUUUGGAUUGAAACACCCUGGUGGAUCAAUUGGUGCUUAUUUGAACUCAGAUACGGGGUCAUCGUUGACUUCAGAUGGAAGUACGACCUCGUUAUUAAGUUUGAAAAAUGAACAACAACAUGGGAGAUCGAAAUCAGCCACCAUAACCACUACAACUACUACGACACAAUCUAAUACAAAGGAGGACCAUACAUUAUCAACAACAAUGACUCCAGUGACAAUAUCAAAGACAUCGUCAAUCAGUUCCGAUGGCCAUGGAUUGGAGAUUUACACUCCUCCCCACCAAAAAAGCCAAGUCAACAAUGAUGUCAGUAGCACAAAUGUGAAACAUGUCUCACAUGAUGAGAUUAUCAAGAUUGAAGAAAUGACAAUAUUGAAAUGGAUUACAUUAUUUGAUACCUUUCAAAUCAAACAAACUGACUUGAAAAUUGAUGUUCUGCAAGUGAGACAAUUAUAUAGGCAAUAUUGCAGUGACGAUGAUACUCAAGAAGAACUGAAUUGGAGUAAAUUCAAAUGGGAAUUACUUCGAUCUUUCAAAUGA